GAGCGGGGAAGGGGUAGAGAGAAAGGGAGACUCAGAAUCCGAAGCAGGCUCCAGGCUCAGGGCUGUCAGCACAGAGCCUGACACGGAGCUCGAACUCACAAACUACAAGAUCAUGACGUGAGCCGAAGUCAGAUGCUUAGCCGACUGAGCCACCCAGGUGCCCCAGUUCUCUCUGCUCCUUGUCCCUUGCAAACCAAAACAGAAACCUCAGCGCUGCUCUUCUGCUUUGGAAGGGGCGGUACCCAUGACAGCACCUGUGCCUUCCCAGAGGCAGGCUGGCCUGUAUCCUCCUUUUCCCUCAGCCUCUCUGUCUUCCAUGGUGGCCUGACCACAGCAGACAUUUAAAGGCAUCACCUCUGGAGGAGCCCACUGAGACAGUGCCCGUGGAGAACGGACUACGAAUAAUGGCUGGGCCAUGUUUGAGUGUUUGUUAAGUCCCACAUGUCAUGCCCUCCCUCGGAAACCUCGAGGGAGGUGCCCUUUGCCUUGAGACUGAAGGCCACUCCCCGGAAGCUGGCCUCUGCCAUCUGGCCCCGAGGAUGACCCCAAGGUGGCUGGAGGCCUCUGAGAGGCUGAGAGAGGCACCUACUCUAACGUGGUCGGGUCUCACUCCUUUUGCUUUUACCCAGUUUUGUAAGCAAGUUGAGCUGCAGUGGUCUGCAUGUCCUUUUUUUCUCCGAAUAUUUGCUCACACAGUUUCCUCCUCAGGAAAGACUUUCCCCCUUUUUCCUUCUUCAACCAAACUUUUUUUUUUUAAUGUUUAUUUGUUUUUGAGAAAGCGACUGAGGAAGGGGCAGAGAGAGAAGGACAGAGGAUCCGAAACAGGCUCUGUGCUGACAGCAGAGUCCAAUGCAGGGCUAAAACUUGUGAACCGUGAGAUCAUGAUCUGAGCCAAAGUCGGAUGCUUAACUGACUGAGCCACCCUGGCGCCCCUCAACCAAAUUCAUAAUUCCAAUAAUACCCCUUCCCUCAGUUACCCUGUCUUCCCUGAGUCCAGAGUAAUCUGCUCUCUGCACUCCCAUGGCUCUGAUCUGCCCUUUUCUUGCCACCUUAUUCCUUCUCACUAGACUAGUUGUGUAUGUGUCUCAGUUGUCACCCUUAUCAGGCAGAAGGCUCCUGAAAUCAUGACCAUGCUUUGUCCACUUCUCAGCUAUCGUAGCCACACCUGGAGGCCCUCCUGGCUAGUCUGGGGCUAUGAGGACCAUAGGGAUUGCAUGUGAGGUAGUAGUGUGGGGGGAAUCAAGAUCCAUGUGACUUUCCCAGUCCCUGGAACAGCCUGGGUGACACGCAGAGGCUGGGCGGGACAUGCAUCUGCAAAGGGUACUAACGAAGAUCUGCCUAAGCAUGGAGGUUGGGAUGGCAGAAGAAACCAUGGAGCAGCGGUCUUUACAGUGUGGUCCCCAGACCAGCAGCAUCCGCAUCACCCUGGGAAUAUGGUAGAGAUGCACAUUAACAUACCCCCUCCCUCAGAAACUCUGGGGGUGGGGCACCUGGGUGGCUCAGUCAGUUAAGCGUCAGACUCUUGAUUUCAGCUCAGGUCACGAUCUCACAGUGUGUGAGUUUGAGCCCCGCAUCGAGCUCUGUGCUGACAGCAAAGAGCCUGCUUGGGGUUCUCUCUCUCUCUCUGCAUUCCCCGGCUGACAUGCACAUGCACGUGCCAUGCAUGCUCUCUCUCUCCAAAUAAAUAAAUAAACUUAAAAAAAAAAAAAAAAGAAACUCUGGGGCUGGGGCUCAGCAAUCUGUGGUUUAAGCUCCAUCCUGAUGCCCCGUGAACUUUGAGAACCACUGCUGUAGAGUCAGGAAACUUGCUCAAGGUGGGAGGCCAGGUGGUCCUGUGGGAAGCACUUGGGCUAUUCAGAUCCCUGCCCUGAUAAGUGGCCAAGUAAGGUGAGCUCACCUCUCAAGGUUGUUCUUCCAUGAAGAUCACAGGGGUCCCUAAACUUUCAUGUGCAUAAGAAUCACCUGGCGUGCUUUUUUAAAAUGUAUUUUCCUGACCCCCAUUUUAGGACAUCUAAUUCUUCAGAGUAAGACCCAGGAAUUUAUAGAUUAAACAGGCUCCCAGGUGGUCCUGAUGUGGGUGGCUGAAAAGCCCUGGUGUAGAAGGCCUUUCAUGUAGGUGACUGUGACUAUAUUUAUCCUUAGAACAUCUCAAGGGAUGUUGGGACCAGUAUUGAGCUGGAUGCACGGGUCUGGGGAGGCUCCCUCACAGUGGUAUUUUCAUCAAGUGAGUCUGACCUGGGAGCAGUGUUGAAAGGCCACACGUGUGCACAGAGUCGGCAUGUUUUGGGGUGGUGGGGUGUGUAGGGGCAGCACCUAACCAAUAUGUGCAUAUUAGGUUAUACCCACUUCCUGGCUGGUAUAAGAAUGUUUCCCACCGUGAGAGCCAGGCUUGUGGGUGGAGCAGGACUGGCUACAAAGAUGGUCUGGGUGGUGGGAUCAGUAAGAAGUGGGGAGGCACCAGAGCCUGAUGUGGAACCCCAGAGGUUCUGGGAGCUAGAGACAGAUCCUUGCUCAGUGUCUCCGGGCGGCCUCAGGACCUUGAUUCACCUGGUCGCUGGAUGCCCUCAGGGUGCAGUUCCCCCAAGCCACCACCAGGGGUCUCUGAGGCUCCCUGCAAACCUUGCCAAUCUGCUUUAAGUCUCUGCUCUCCCUUCUUGGGCCCCUGAGCGCCUGCAGUGCCAUCCAAUCUCGAGGUGACCUUGGAGGUCACCAGGCACCACAGAGAGGAGGGGGCUCCCGCUUUCAGGGCUUAUGCCUGUGGUCUCAGCAUCAGCUGGUGGCCAAGGCCCGGGCAGAUGUUCUCUAAAUGCCAUUCCGACUUGCCUCCCCACCCCCACCUCAAGACAGCCAACCUGAAUGGUGGGCCCCCCUCCUCUGCCAGUCGCCUCCUCCUUCUUCACUGGCAGUGCUGGGAAACACAGGUCAUGGCUUGGGAAUGUGGCCCUGGGUUGGGGGGGGGGUGGGUAGUGAUAGGAGGAAGGAAAAGGACAUGUGACUUCUCAACAGCUCCCCUGUUCUGCUGCUGAUCUCCAAGCCCUUUCCCCAGCCCUGGUACAGAAGGAUGCUAGUUGUGGGGCAUUACGGGGGAAGCAGCCCCUGCCUCGUGACUGUUGGUCCUGGUAGAGCUGACAGGGUGAGAGACAGUUGCCAACAGGUACCCCUGAUAGAGCCUGAAGGAGGAGGGGAGGGUCCACAUCACCUUUCAGCAGCCCCAUCACCUCUGAUGAGGAAUACCUGAGUCCCCCAGAGGAGUUUCCAGAGCCUGGGGAGACUUGGCCCGGAACCCCCGCUAUGAAGCUCAGUCCCAGCCAGAACCGCCGUUCCUCUGACACUGGCUCCAAGGCACCCCCCACUUUCAAGGUCUCACUUAUGGACCAGUCAGUAAGAGAAGGCCAAGAUGUCACCAUGAGCAUCCGUGUCCAGGGGGAGCCCAAGCCGGUGGUUUCCUGGCUGAGAAACCGGCAGCCGGUGCGCCCAGACCAGCGGCGCUUCGCGGAGGAGGCAGAGGGCGGGCUGUGCCGGCUGCGGAUCCUGGCGGCUGAGCGGGCCGACGCUGGCUUCUACACUUGCAAAGCGGUUAAUGAGUAUGGCGCCCGGCAGUGUGAGGCCCGCCUGGAGGUCAGAGCACAUCCUGAAAGCCGGUCCUUGGCCGUGCUGGCCCCCCUGCAGGACGUGGACGUGGGGGCCGGGGAGAUGGCGCUGUUUGAGUGCCUGGUGGCAGGUCCUGCUGACGUGGAGGUAGACUGGCUCUGCCGAGGCCGCCUGCUGCAGCCCGCACUGCUCAAAUGCAAGAUGCAUUUCGAUGGCCGGAAAUGCAAGCUGCUGCUCACGUCUGUGCACGAGGAUGACAGUGGUGUCUACACCUGCAAGCUCAGCACGGCCAAAGAUGAGCUGACCUGUAGUGCCCGGCUGACGGUGCGGCCCUCAUUGGCGCCCCUGUUCACUCGGCUGCUGGAGGACGUGGAGGUGCUGGAGGGCCGGGCGGCCCGCUUCGACUGCAAGAUCAGCGGCACUCCGCCCCCUGCCGUUACCUGGACUCAUUUUGGCCACCAGGUGGAGGAGAGCGAGAACUUGCGGCUGCGGCAGGAAGGAGGUCUGCACUCUCUGCACAUCGCUCAUGUGGGCAGUGAGGACGAGGGGCUGUACGCAGUCAGCGCUACCAACGCCCACGGCCAGGCCCAGUGCUCAGCCCAGCUCUACGUGGAGGAGCCUCGGACGGCUGCCACCGGCCCCAGCUCAAAGCUGGAGAAGAUGCCCUCUAUCCCCGAGGAGCCGGAGCAGGGCGAGCUGGAGCGGCUGUCUAUGCCCGACUUCCUGCGGCCACUGCAGGACCUGGAGGUGGGACUGGCCAAGGAGGCCAUGCUGGAGUGCCAGGUGACCGGCCUGCCCUACCCCACCAUCAGCUGGUUCCACAAUGGCCACCGCAUCCAGAGCAGUGAUGACCGGCGCAUGACACAGUACAGGGAUGUCCACCGCUUGGUGUUCCCUGCUGUGGGACCUCAACAUGCCGGCGUCUACAAGAGUGUCAUCGCCAACAAGCUGGGCAAAGCUGCGUGCUAUGCCCACCUCUAUGUCACAGAUGUGGUUCCAGGCCCCCCAGAUGGCGCCCCGCAGGUGGUGGCUGUGACUGGGAAGAUGAUCACGCUCACAUGGAACCCCCCCAGGAGUCUGGACAUGGCUAUUGACCCAGACGCCCUGACCUACACCGUGCAGCACCAGGUUCUGGGCUCAGACCAGUGGACAGUGCUGGCCACGGGCCUGCGGGAGCCCGGGUGGGCAGCCAUGGGGCUGCGUAAGGGGGUCCAGCACAUCUUCCGGGUCCUCAGCACCACCAUCAAGAGCAGCAGCAAGCCCUCACCCCCCUCUGAGCCUGUGCAGCUGCUGGAGCACGGCCCACCACUCGAGGAGGCGCCUGCUGUGUUGGACAAGCCGGACAUCGUGUAUGUGGCGGAGGGACAGCCCACCAGUGUCACGGUCACCUUCAACCAUGUGGAGGCCCAGGUCGUCUGGAGAAGCUGCCGAGGGGCUCUCCUAGAGGCACGGGCAGGUGUGUACGAGCUGAGCCAGCCGGAUGAUGACCAGUACUGUCUUCGCAUCUGCCGGGUGAGCCGCCGAGACGUGGGGCCCCUCACCUGCACUGCCCGCAACCGCCACGGCACACAGGCCUGCUCAGUCACCCUGGAGCUGGCAGAGGCCCCUCGAUUUGAGUCCAUCAUGGAGGACGUGGAGGUCGGGGCUGGGGAAACCGCACGCUUUGCUGUAGUGGUUGAGGGGAAACCACUGCCAGACAUCAUGUGGUACAAGGACGAGGUGCUGCUGACCGAGAGUAGCCAUGUGAGCUUCGUGUAUGAAGAGAGCGAGUGCUCCCUGGUGGUGCUCAGCACAGGGACCCAGGAUGGAGGCGUCUAUACCUGCACUGCACGGAACCUGGCUGGCGAAGUCUCCUGCAAAGCAGAGUUGGCUGUGCGUUCAGCCCAGACAGCCAUGGAAGUAGAGGGGGCCGGGGAGGCCGAGGAACAGCGAGGAAGGAGACUCAGUGACUUCUAUGACAUCCAUCAAGAGAUCGGCAGGGGUGCCUUCUCCUACCUGCGGCGCGUGGUGGAGCGAAGCUCCGGCCUGGAGUUUGCAGCCAAGUUCAUCCCCAGCCAGGCCAAGCCAAAGGCAUCAGCAUGGCGGGAAGCCCGGCUGCUGGCCCGGCUCCAGCACGACUGCGUCCUCUACUUCCAUGAGGCCUUUGAGAGGCGUCGGGGACUGGUCAUUGUCACCGAGCUAUGCACAGAGGAGCUGCUGGAGCGAAUGGCCAGGAAACCCACCGUGUGUGAGUCUGAGAUCCGGGCCUACAUGCAACAAGUGCUCGAGGGAAUAUGCUACCUGCACCAGAACCAUGUGCUGCACUUGGAUGUCAAGCCUGAGAACCUGAUGGUGUGGGAUGGCGCAGAGGGUGAGGAGCAGGUGAGGAUCUGUGACUUUGGGAAUGCCCAGGAACUGACUCCGGGAGAGCCCCAGUACUGCCAAUAUGGCACACCUGAGUUCGUGGCACCUGAGAUUGUCAAUCAGACCCCCGUGUCUGGAGUCACUGACAUCUGGCCUGUGGGCGUUGUUGCCUUCCUCUGUCUGACGGGAAUCUCCCCAUUUGUUGGGGAAAACGAUCGGACGACAUUGAUGAACAUUCGAAACUACAACGUGGCCUUCGAGGAGACCACAUUUCUGAGCCUGAGCAGGGAGGCCCGGGGCUUCCUCAUCAAAGUGCUGGUGCGGGACCGGCUGAGGCCUACCGCAGAGGAGACCCUAGAACAUCCUUGGUUCAAAACACAGGCCAAGGGUGCAGAGGUGAGCACGGAUCAUUUAAAGCUGUUCCUCUCCAGGCGGAGGUGGCAGCGCUCCCAGAUCAGCUACAAGUGCCACCUGGUGCUGCGCCCCAUCCCUGAGCUGCUGCGGGCACCCCCAGAGCGGGUGUGGGUAGCCAUACCCAGAAGACCACCCCCCAGUGGGGGGCUCUCAUCUUCCUCUGACUCUGAGGAGGAAGAGCUGGAGGAGCUGCCCUCAGUGCCCCGGCCACUGCAGCCUGAGUUCUCGGGUUCCCGGGUGUCCCUCACUGACAUUCCCACUGAGGAUGAGGCCCUGGGCGCCCCAGAGGCUGGCAUGGCCACCCCCAUGGACUGGCAGGAGGAGGGAAGGGCCCCCUCUCAGGACCAGGAGGCCCCCAGCCCUCAGGCCCUCCCCUCCCCAGGCCAGGAGCCCCAAGCUGGGUCCAGCCCCCAGCGGAGGGAGCUCCGGAGGGGCACCUCUGCCGAGAGUGCCCUGCCCCGGGCCGGGCCGAGGGAGCCGGGCCGGGGCCUGCACAAGGCAGCCUCUGUGGAGCUGCCGCAGCGCCGAAGCCCCAGCCCGGGUGCCACCCGCCUGACCCGGGGAGGCCUGGGUGAGGGUGAGUAUGCCCAGAGGCUGCAGGCCCUGCGCCAGCGGCUGUUGCGGGGAGGCCCUGAGGAUGGCAAGGUCAGUGGCCUCAGGGGCCCCCUGCUAGAGAGCCUGGGGGACCGUGCCCGGGAUCCCCGGCUGGCACGGGCUGCCUCCAGUGAGGCAGCCCCUCGACACCAGCCCCCACCUGAGACCCGGGGCCUGCAGAAGAGCAGCAGCUUCUCACAGGGAGAGGCAGAGCCCCGGGGCAGGCACCGCCGUGCUGGGGCGCCCCUCGAGAUCCCCGUGGCCAGGCUUGGGGCCCGCAGGCUACAGGAGUCUCCCUCCUUGUCUGCCCUCAGUGAGGCCCAACCACCCAGCCCUACGAGGCCCAGCGCCCCCAAAUCCAGUGUCCCCAAGUCUUUGAAACCUCCUACCACCACACCCAGUGAUGCCCCGCAGCCCUUGGCACCCCAGCCUGCCCAAGAGAAGGCCCCAGAGUCCACGCUGGAGCCGGUCCCAGCCCCCAAGCCCACACAGCCCUCUGUGACUCCGCAAACCCCAGUGGCCCCCCUCACACCUUAUGCCCAGAUCAUGCAGUCGCUCCAGCUGUCAGGUCACACGACGGGCCCCCUGCAGAGCCCUGGGGCAUCUCCAUCAGAGCCCAGACCCCACCCUGCUGUGUUUGCCCGGGUGGCCUCCCCGCCUCCGGGAGCCUCCGAGAAGCGCGUGCCUUCAGCCGGGGUGCCCCCAGUGCUAGCCGAGAAAGCCCGGGUACCCACGGUGCCCCGCAGGCCAGGUAGCAGUCUCAGUAGCAGCAUCGAGAACCUAGAGUCAGAGGCUGUAUUCGAGGCCAAGUUCAAGCGCAGCCGUGAGUCGCCCCUGUCGCGGGGGCUGCGAUUGCUGAGCCGCUCGCGCUCAGAGGAACGCGGCCCCUUUCGCGGGGCCCAGGAGGAGGACGGCAUGUACCGGCCCAGCCCGGCAGGAACGCCACUGGAGCUGGUGCGACGGCCGGAGCGUUCCCGCUCCGUGCAAGACCUCAGGGCGGUCGGGGAGCCGGGCCUCGUCCGCCGCCUCUCGCUGUCGCUGUCCCAGCGUCUGCGGCGGACCCCGCCCGCGCAGCGCCACCCAGCCUGGGAGGCCCGCGGUGGGGACGGGGAGAGCUCGGAGGGCGGCAGCUCGGCGCGGGGCUCCCCGGUGCUGGCCGUGCGCAGGAGGCUCAGCUCCACGCUUGAGCGGCUGUCCAGCCGGUUGCAGCGCAGCGGCAGCAGCGAGGACUCAGGGGGCGCAUCGGGUCGCAGCACGCCGCUGUUUGGACGGCUGCGCAGGGCCACGUCGGAGGGCGAGAGUCUGCGGCGCCUCGGCCUCGCACACAACCAGCUGGCGGCCCAGGCCGGCGCCAGCACGCCCUCCGCAGAGUCCCUGGGCUCCGAGGCCAGCGCUACGUCCGGCUCCUCGGCUCCUGGGGAAAGCCGGAGACGGCUUCGCUGGGGCUUCUCUCGGCUGCGAAAGGACAAGGGGUUAUCACAGCCAAACCUCUCUGCCAGUGCCCAGGAGGAUUUGGGUCACCAGUAUGUGCGCAGUGAAUCAGAUUUCCCUCCGGUCUUCCACAUCAAACUCAAGGACCAGGUGCUGCUGGAGGGAGAGGCAGCCACCCUGCUCUGUCUGCCAGCGGCCUGCCCUGCACCCCACAUCUCCUGGAUGAAAGACAAGCAGUCCCUGCAAUCAGAGCCUUCAGUGAUCAUCGUGUCCUGCAAAGAUGGACGGCAGCUGCUAAGCAUCCCCCGGGUGGGCAAGCGACAUGCUGGGCUCUAUGAGUGCUCGGCCACCAAUGUCCUGGGCAGCAUCACCAGCUCCUGUACCGUGGCUGUGGCCCGCAUCCCAGGAAAGUUAGCUCCUCCUGAGGUGCCCCAGACCUACCAGGACACGGCGUUGGUGCUCUGGAAGCCAGGAGAUAGCCGGGCACCUUGCACAUACACGCUGGAGCGGCGGGUGGAUGGGGAGUCUGCCUGGCACCCUGUGAGCUCAGGCAUCCCUGACUGUUACUACAACGUGACCCACCUGCCAAUCGGUGUGACCGUGAGAUUCCGUGUGGCCUGUGCCAACCGUGCUGGGCAAGGGCCUUUCAGCAACCCUUCCGAGAAGGUCAUCGUCAGGGGCACACAAGAUUCCUCAGUUCUGCCAUCUGCUGCUCACCAAGACGCCCCUGUUACCUCAGGGCCAGCCAGGGCCCCGCCUCCUCACUCUCCUACCUCACUGGCCCCAUCCCAGACUCCCACCCCAGCUCCUGCUCCCCCAGCCCCUCAGUCAGCCGCUCUCAGCCCCUCAUGUCCCCCAACACCCCCCAGUCAGGCCUUGUCCUCCCUCAAGGCCGUGGGUCCUCCACCCCAAACCCCCCCACGAAAGCACAGAGGUCUGCAGGCUGCCCAGCAAGCAGAGCCCGCCCCACCCAGUGCCCAGGCCACCCCAAGUGAGCCCAAGUCUUCCAUCCCUGACACUGGGACCCCAACCCCAGCCUCCACCCCUCAAGGGGUUAAACCAGCGUCUUCCACUACUCCCCUGUAUAUGGUAACCUCCUUUGUGUCUGCACCCCCAGCCCCUGAGCCCCCAGCCCCCGAGCCCCCUCCCGAGCCCACCAAGGUGACUGUGCGAAGCCUCAGCCCGGCCAAGGAGGUGGUCACCUCCCCUGUGGGUGGUCCCCCCAGCUCUCCUGGGCCAGAGGGCACCACUCUUCGACAGGGGCCCCCUCAGAAACCCUACACCUUCCUAGAGGAGAAGGCCAGGGGCCGCUUCGGUGUAGUGCGUGCAUGCCGGGAGAACGCCACUGGGCGGACAUUCGUGGCCAAGAUCGUGCCCUACGCGGCUGAGGGCAAGCGGCGCGUCCUGCAGGAGUAUGAAGUGCUGCGGACAUUGCACCACGAACGGCUCAUGUCCCUGCACGAGGCCUACAUCACCCCGCGUUACCUUGUGCUCAUCGCUGAGAGCUGCGGGAACCGGGAGCUCCUCUGUGGGCUCAGCGACAGGUUCCGGUAUUCAGAGGACGAUGUGGCCACCUAUGUGGUGCAGCUGCUACAAGGCCUGGACUACCUCCACGGCCGCCACGUGCUGCACCUGGACAUCAAGCCUGACAACCUGCUGCUGGCCCCUGACAACGCCCUCAAGAUUGUGGACUUCGGCAGUGCCCAGCCCUACAACCCCCAGGCCCUGCGGCCCCUUGGCCACCGCACAGGCACGCUGGAGUUCAUGGCUCCUGAGAUGGUGAAGGGAGAGCCCAUCGGUUCCGCCACGGACAUCUGGGGAGCGGGUGUACUCACUUACAUCAUGCUCAGUGGACGCUCCCCGUUCUAUGAGCCAGACCCCCAGGAAACAGAGGCUCGGAUUGUGGGGGGCCGCUUUGAUGCCUUCCAGCUGUACCCUAACACCUCCCAAAGCGCCACACUCUUCUUGCGGAAGGUCCUCUCGGUACACCCCUGGAGCCGGCCCUCCCUGCAGGACUGCCUGGCCCACCCCUGGCUGCAGGAUGCCUACCUGAUGAAGCUGCGUCGCCAGACGCUCACCUUCACCACCAACCGGCUCAAGGAGUUUCUGGGCGAGCAGCGGCACCGCCGGGCUGAGGCUGCCACCCGUCACAAGGUGCUGCUCCGCUCCUACCCAGGCAGCCCCUAGCGGCUCGGACCACAGCCUGGCCUCGGGCUUCAACUCGGGGCUCCACUGAGGCCACGGGACAUUCCAGGGCCCCUACUGAGCCGGGUGGGCCCAGGGCUUCGGACACCAGCAGCAGCAACAUCCAGCCGGGCUGUUACCUCAUGGACCUGCAGGGACAGAGGCCCUGGGCUUUGCCGAUGCCACCCCGGCCAGAGCCAGAGGGGGAGACCCAUGGGCCAGGCUGGGUGGGGGUGGGGGCACGGGAGCAGGGAAGCAGGAAGGGGGGCAAGAAGGGAAUGGGUAAGAGACAAGGAAAAGAAGCCACGGGAUAGGGAGAGGAGACUCUAGGAAGGUUCUGGGGGGGAGAGACAAUGUAUCUGGGGGGAAACCAACUUAGCAGGAUAUGAAUAGCUGGAGAGGAGGAAGAGGAAGGAGCCCAGCGUGUCAGGGCCAUGGGCUGGAAGUGAGUGUUGGUGGAGUGGGGACAGGACGUGGAGACAGCGCUAGGGAGCCAGAGCCAGCACGUGAGGGAGGGCAGCAAAGUGGGGGAGGGAGAGGAGAGGACUCAGGUGGGGUGGGGUGAAGUGGGCCAGCUGCCAGCAUCCCAGAAGGAGAACCUGGAGCACUGGGGCCUGGAAGCAGUGAUUACGGGAGCCAGUGCUUUCCUGUCCCAGUGAAUGCAGCUGUGAGCACUCUGCUGGCCCAAGGAUGUCCCCGCUGCCCCUCUGUGGCCUUCACCCUUCUUCCCAUUCAUAUUUAUUUAUUUAUUGACUUUUAUGAAAUUUCCCUUCCAUCCAGUUCCUAUUGCCCGUGUUGUCCUGACCAUCCCCCCAGCCAUCCAGCUGUCUGUGCAGCUGUCUGUCUGUCACAAGGAAAAUAAAAACGGCAAGCAGCAGGA